UACCGAUGAUCCGAGUGCGGGCAUAGGACACAGCCAUAAUUCACAUCGAGGAGGUCCCAGCAGCCGGAGCGGCAUGAUGGAGACGCUGCCGGACGCUAACGCCAACGGCGACAGGCCGGCCGGUCUGGCCGGCCUGGUCGGCAGCCAACAGUCGCUGGACGAGGCCGACUUCAUCACCGACCGCGACCUCAACUGGCUCUGCGGGUACGAGGGAGGUGAGGGCGGCGGUACGACCACCCCCGGUCAGCAGCGCUGUCCAGAGCUGAUGGGCUCGCACAGCUACAACCAGCUCUCGUGCCACGUGGACGCCACACUGGCAGAGAUCGACAUGGACCAGUUCUGCCGGGCCGACAUCGACAAAAUCCUGGAGAUAUCGGCCUACAGCAACGACCUGUAUGGGGAGCAGGGCCUGUUCAGUAACAUCUCGAUGGACUCGCUGGACUGCUCGUCGUUCGAGGCGGACGAGAUGCUGCCGUCUCUGAGUCUGGAGGCCGACGACAGCAGCAGCGGAGCGCUGGCGACCACCGAGGACGGCGGCACGACCGGCAGCGACCGGGCCGUCGACCAGAUGAGCAGCGACGCCGCAGCCGUGACCACCAGCGGCGAGGCUGCUCUCGUCACCAGCGAUGACGCCACAGACCCGUCAUCAGCGCCCCACGAGUUUCGUCAGUGGCCGGCGGCCGGCCGGUCCCGGCCGGGCCUCACCUGCUGGUCGGAGCGGCGCCGCACGCCGUCCCCGCACCAGCACACCACCUGGGUGGGGCAGCGCCAGUCGCCGCCGGUCCCACCGGCGCCGCGGACCGAGACCACCACCUGGCGGGAGCAGUGUCUGCCGCCGUCGGCGCCGCAGAGUCCGCAGCCGCGGCCGGACCAGCACCGCGCCGCGGCGGACCGAGCCGGGACCUGCCAGGUGGAACCGCGCGAGGACGAGCCGAGGUCGGACGAAGAGACGACGCCAGUCCGGAUGAGAGACAAGGCUCAGCCGCGCCGCAACGACCUCCGGCGGUACCUGCUCAGCGCCGACCCGCGGCAGCGUCUGCUGGACAGGCGCGGCGAGCUGGCCCUCCCGGAGAGGCCGGCGCCUGCCGAGUGUCGGUGCGGCGGCCGGCGCCCCCGGCCUGACCUGGCCGGUGACCGCCGCGGGGGAGAGCGGGCCCCUGACCGCGCCGUGCGGCCGGUGACCGGCUCCGAGCCGCGCUCCGUCGCCGCCACCGCCGCUGUGGCCGAGCGCAGCAGCCAGACAGCGCCGGCCGGCGGCGGUCUGUGCGUGUUUCCGCACUACACUCUGCCCUGCCUGCCCUUCCUGGAGCAGAGUCCUAUCAGCGCGCCGUGCCGACACGGGCCGGGGGAGGCCGCCGCCGGCGCUCACCGCGCCCCGCUGCCGGAGUCGCCGGCACCGCCCACCCGCCGCGCUCCGGGGCCACCCUCUCUGACUGACUCCCGUGGUCCGGCCUCACCGGUCCCUACUGGCUCCCGUGGUCCGGCCUCACCGGUCCCUACUGGCUCCCGUGGUCCGGCCUCACCGGUUCCUACUGGCUCCCGUGGUCCGGCCUCACCGGUUCCUACUGGCUCCCGUGGUCCGGCGUCGCCGGUCCUGAGCGGCCGGGGCGCGGGCUCACGGGCGCCGCUCGUCCGGCCGCGGGUCGGCUCACCGGCUCUGGCCGGGUGCCGGGUCGGCUCGCCGGUGCCGCCGGGCCGUCUGACGCCGACGGCGACGGGCUCGCCGCAGCGCCGGCCCUACUCCUGUAACGACAUCCGGACGGCGAUCCGCGGCAACAUGUCCGCCAUCCAGGACUGGCGCUCGCUGCGCAUGCUGCUGCCGCAGGAGUUCCGCCGCGAGAUGGACCGGCUGGCCGGUGACGCCCUGUCGCCGGACGGCCCCUCGCGCGACCCCCGAUCGCCGGACGGCCCCUCUGGCGGCCUGCACGUGGGCCAGUGCCGGUCGGCCAGUCGGCAGAGCUCGGCGGGCAGCGGCCGGCGCGACUCUGACGCCGCCACCGACGACGAGCGCGACGGUCGGUGCACGCCGCGCUCGGCGCGACUGGCGGCCGCCAGCGGCUCGUCGACCAGCUCGGGCCGCUCGCUGAGCCACUGGUUCACGGACGCCGCCCAGUUCGCAGCGGUCAGUGAGCGGGAGCUGCGGCCGUUCACGGGCCCCGAGGACGCCGCCGACACCGUCUCCCACCCGCCGUCUGCGCCGGGCGGCGCCGGGAAGGCGGGCCCGGAGCGCCGGCGCCAGCACCCGUCCGUGGACUCGGGCAUCGAGCUGCGGAUGCCGGGCUCGUUCGGCGCCCAGUCGGCCGGCAGCGACAGUUCGCGCUCCGAGUCCGACUCGCACGCCAGGCGCGUCAUCGUGCUCCACCGGGACGGCUUCGAAGAGGCCCUGAGUCUUAUCACUGAAAGUGUGGCGUCGAUCGUGGCCUACUUCCAAUCAAGUGCAAUAUCCCUGUCAUCAAAUGAUCCAGUCGGCGGCCAACUGCUCGGGGACAGUCGGCGCAGCCCGGCCAUCGGCUACCUGGUGCUGGACCGGCUCUGUCCAGCUCUGUACGCGCUGCUCGGUGACGGCCUCCUCACGCGGCUCGACACCGCCUUCGGGCCGGUGCACAACAGCGUCUGGCGCCUGGUGGAGUCGGCCUGUCCUCCCGGCAUAUGUCCUCAGCCGCUCAGUGAUCUCGUGCUGAAGGUGAACAAUGAAGAGGAGCUCUCCGAAAGCGUCCUCAAGUUCAACGCAUUCGUGUUCGGACUACUAAACACACAGUCGCUGGACCGGUGGUUCGGCUGGCUGCUCGGCCGGCCGCCGGCGCUGCUGAAGCACUACUCUGCCGAGGCGCUGGUCCGGCAGCUCGGCGCCGCCGACACCGACCGGCUGCUGCUGCAACUCCGCCGGCUGGCGCGGCCCGGAUUCGCCAUCGAACUUACCUUCGAGAGCCAGCUGCUGCGCCAGAGCCUGUGGCGGCUCGGCCGGCGGCUGAUGGAGCUGGGCGCCGACCCGGCCGGCGGCCGGACCGCCGGCGCCGGCCCCCCGGCCCGGCAGGCGCGCGUCACCGCCGCCGCCAUCCGCGGCAAGCUGGAGCGGCGCUGGACGGGACGCGACCUGGACCGGCGGCUGCUGGCCGCGCUCACCGAGACCCUGGCCGGGUGUGUGCCGCUCGACACAGACGAGAAUGACAACAGCGCCGCGGCGUCCGGGCGCGGAGCCGCGCCGCGCGCAGAGCCGGCACUGGCACCGGCCGGCCAGAGGCAGACCGCCACCGAGCCAAAGACUAAGCCCAGAGGCAGAGGACGCGACCCAGCGCGGACGGCCGUGCAGCCGAACCCGAGCCAACCGGGGCCAAAAUUCAACACCCAACUGAGGCCGGAACCGAAACAGGACACGAAAGUGGAGAACGAUACUAAAAAGAAGCCACAGCCGACGAAACAGAGCCGGGAGAACGUCCCAGACCGGCAGAAUGGACCCGACUAUGAUCCGGAGCGGCAGCCGGAGCCGGAGCCGCCGGUGAGCAGGGCCCGGGCCCGGCAGCUGGACGAGUGGUGGCAGCGGGUGACCAGGGACCAGAGCUCGAGCCAGCCCUGGUGGGAGCGCCAGCCGCAGCAGCCGCCGGCCGGCCGCGCCUCCCCGCCGGCCGAGUCGCGCAUCCCGCGCAGAGUGUCCGGGGCGCCGGCCGGGCGCCGCCCCAGUUCGGACAGCGGCUACCCCCAGCCGGCGGCCGGGCGCCGCGCCGUCCCCGGCGGGGGCCCGCAGAGCCCGGACACGGACGGCGGCCGCCAGCCGGCGCUGGCGGCCACUGGCGGCUCCAGACGCCUCCGGACAGCCUCGGAGGCCAGUCUGCGGCAGCGCGUGCUGAAGCGGGACCAGGAGCAGGCGAACCAGAGCCGGGAGGCGGCGCGGAGCGGGCCGCUGCGGCCGGCCGCCGGCACCGGCACCGGGACCGCAGCGGCCCGCCACACCGGAGCCGCCACCGCCGAGAGCAGGCAGGGAAAAAGGGUUCGCUCGCUGGUCCCGUACCACACGCCGAACCGCCAGUUCCUCUCGUACGACCGCGACGACACGCUGACCGUGGUGGGCACCACGGACAGUCACUGGCUGCUCUGCGCGCGCCACCAGCGCGUCGGCCUGGUGACGCGCCACCACGUCACCAACGUCAGCUGACGCGGCGGCGCCAUGUCAGCUGACCCCGACCGUCCGCGGGUGAGGUGAACGCCGACACCGGCGCACGAGGCGCCCCAGCGGCCAAACUGCUGCGAGCGGCCAGACACCUUGGCCUCGCCGAUUACGCUUUGUGCGGCAGUCCAGCGCCUACGCUAGGUUUCGCCAUGCAGGAUCAAUCAUGUAUACUUUGCCGUACUUCAGGCUUCAUUUGUGUAAUAAUGUCAUUUUAAUUUAAUGCAACCUCCGUAAAUCUCGUAAACGUGAAGCCCGGCGGAGGGAGGCCAAGUCCACCCAGAGUCGGCUAGUCAGCACCUGGGCAGCUGGCGGCACCGCGGUUUUUCACCGACUGAAAACAUUUCCAUAUGCGAAGAGUUAUCUCGUGUAGGCACCGGAGCCAGCCUUUCGCUUACGUCUCUGUCCCACCGGUCGAUGUGGUCAAACAGCUGGCAGACGGCUGCUCUGGCUAUAUUCUGUAACCUACCGAACGGCAGGCGAUGUCGACCAUACCCCCUAUAACGUCUCUGUAGGUGAAGUAGUUACUGGUUAGCACCCAUAGCUGUAGUUGUUCUACGGGACUGAGGGUCAGUUUUGCGGGUUUGAUGGGCUAAGGUUUGCUUUUACCUGGAUGAUCCACUCACUUUGAGCACCUACGAGCGUUGCCCGGUGCUAAUAAUGUGAUACGUUUGGAUAGUUGCCUAUGGUAAAGCGUUCCUCAGCGCCGUUCGCUGUUUGUGACGACCGCCGCUGAGCGGAGUCCGAGACUAUACCAAUACGGGCUGUGGGAUGUGACUUGGCUGUUGAGCAUAGGUUGGACCGAAUUAUUGGGCUUACCAGUGAAUAGGUGGGGCUUCAGGCCGUAAGGGGUGUCAUAGAUUGUAUACGGUGGCAAAAAGGCAAUGCCGAUAUGUUGGCGGACCGAACAAGCGCCGAUACUGAAGGGACUCUUGUGUGGUAACUGGUAGGCGAAGGGAGACCGAAACGGACGAAACGGGGUGGAUCAAGCUAUAUCUAGAGUCCCAUUUGAGACCACCGUCAGGCAUCAUAGUGGUGGCAAAUUCCUAGCUAUUGUCUCAUCCCAAAUAAGCAGUCAAAAGCCUGCAGUCAGUAAAACGUGCCCGCGUCCCACGCUACUUAUCCGAUUGUCCUUUAGCGGGUCCGCAAAGAAACUGUCCGCUCGGAGUCGCCGAGUGCCAUGUUCCCUUCCCUCCCUAGUUGUGCGAUCCUGUGAAGAAUCAGAGAUGACAGAUCCCGACCUUCGCAGAGCCCGUCCCGUAACAGCAGGACACCCGCGGCGCCGCGCCCUCGGCCGCUCUGCGAGGUAGCUGUCCGCCCUCCCCCGGCUCUCAGAGGCCCCGUGUGCCCUGUCCGGCGUGCCAAGCCCGUGCCAAAGCCGGCGUUGUCGGCGUAGUGUGCGGCUGGCCGCCGCCCUGUCCCCGUACCGUGCUGUGCCGCUGUCGCAUAUCGCCGCCCGCGCUGGUCGCGACGCUCUCUGAAUGGCCGACUGUAGGUCAGCGUCGCGAGCAUGGCGCACCUGUGACCCAUGUGACGCCGCCGCGCGCCGCCGAUCGCUCGGUGUACCCCGUGUGUAUGUAGUCAGUGCUUGUCCUGCUUUCUGUGGUCUAGCCUUGGCGUGCCUGUUGGGUGGCUGUGGAUCCGCUGCGGGGGGGGGGGGGACUGGAGGAGCCCCACCGAUCCGGGACAGCGAGCCCCCGCCGCAGGGAGGCCCGGGGACAGCGAGCUCAGACCAGAGGGAGGCCCGGGACAGCGAGCCCCCGCCGCAGGGAGGCCCGGGGACAGCGAGCUCAGACCAGAGGGAGGCCCGGGACAGCGAGCCCCCGCCGCAGGGAGGCCCGGGGACAGCGAGCUCAGACCAGAGGGAGGCCCGGGACAGCGAGCCCCCGCCGCAGGGAGGCCCGGGAUCGAAGGCUGUGCAUGCAGAUACAGAUAGAUAACUAUGCAGUUAUUGUUGCGCAGCUGGGUAGUGCAGCCCUGCAAUAUCUAUAUUUUGUUCGCCAAUAUGCUAUCAAGUUGUCAACAUGUGUGCGUGGUGAAAUCAAAUAAACAAAGCGGCACUA